GGUCCCUGUCCUUUAAGCCAACCCCAACUUCGGAACCAUCAAAAGAACCCCUCUCUCUCUAGAUCGCCCCCAGACUUUUUUCACUCUCUCUCUCUAACUGUUACUCUGCAAUCUAUGGCGAGGAAGAAGAGUGUUGGUGAUCUCUCUCCCUCUGAUUUGAAGGGGAAGAGGGUCUUUGUUAGGGUUGAUCUGAACGUUCCCCUUGAUGAUAACCAGAAGAUCACUGAUGAUACUAGGAUUAGGGCGGCCGUCCCCACCAUUAAGUACUUGAUGGAGAAUGGGGCAAAGGUUAUCCUGGCCAGUCAUUUGGGACGCCCCAAGGGUGUAACUCCAAAGUACAGUUUGAAGCCUCUUGUUCCUAGACUAUCUGAACUUCUUGGUGUCCCGGUCCUGACGGCUGAUGACUGUAUUGGAGAAGCAGUUGAGAAAUUGGUGGCUUCACUUACUGAAGGGGGUGUCCUCCUUCUUGAAAAUGUGAGGUUUUACAAGGAAGAAGAGAAGAAUGACCCCGAGUUUUCAAAGAAGCUUGCCGCAUUGGCAGACCUUUAUGUCAAUGAUGCAUUUGGGACUGCACACCGAGCACAUGCUUCCACAGAGGGUAUCGCCAAAUUCCUCAGGCCUGCUGUUGCUGGUUUCCUUAUGCAGAAGGAGCUUGAUUAUCUUGUUGGGGCUGUUUCAAACCCUAAGAGGCCAUUUGCUGCCAUAGUGGGAGGCUCAAAGGUCUCAACCAAGAUUGGGGUGAUUGAAUCUUUGCUGGAGAAGUGUGAUAUCCUUUUGAUGGGUGGAGGGAUGAUCUUCACAUUCUACGAGGCUCAAGGGUUUUCGGUGGGUUCAUCACUUGUGGAGGAGGAUAAGCUUGACCUUGCCACUUCUCUUCUUGAGAAGGCCAAGGCCAAGGGUGUCGCACUACUUCUGCCCACUGAUGUUGUUGUUGCUGACAAAUUCGCACCUGAUGCAGAAAGCAAGGUUGUUCCAGCAUCUGAAAUUCCUGAAGGUUGGAUGGGAUUGGAUAUCGGACCUGACUCCAUCAAGACAUUCAAUGAUGCUUUGGAGCCCGCAAAGACGAUCAUUUGGAACGGUCCUAUGGGAGUUUUUGAGUUUGAAAAAUUUGCAGCUGGAACAAAGGCUAUUGCCAAGAAGUUGGCUGAACUUAGUGAAAAAGGCGUGACCACGAUCAUUGGUGGGGGAGACUCGGUUGCAGCUGUGGAGCAAGCGGGGUUGGCAGAUAAGAUGAGCCACAUUUCAACAGGGGGUGGCGCCAGCUUGGAGUUGUUGGAAGGAAAGCCUCUUCCUGGGGUUUUGGCUCUUGACGAUGCGUGAGGGAAGAAACUUUUUCUCCCUCCCCCUUAUGUUUUUGGUUCUGAUUCUGUUGGAUUUUUGGUUGAGGACUUGUGUGAACUUUUUGUUGAGUUUUGUAUGGGCAUAUGGUGACAUGCUAUAAUGUAGAGUUUGGAAUAAGGUGAGGACUUUUUCUUAAUGAGUGACUCUUUGAACCUGGUUGUAUGUUCUGCUUCUGUCUGACCCUGGUCAGAUCAAGAACACUCGCAACUAUUUAUAUGCCCUUUAUAUGCUCUUUUAUCAAUCUGUUCUAUAAUAAUUUUGCAACAGAAGAAAGUUUUGUAU